CGCCCCGGAGGCGGAGGAGAUGACGCACGUCCGGCGCGGUACGUGUAGGUGAGGGGCGGGGGAAGGGGCGGCCUGCUUUCCCGCCUCUGGUCUUCCCUGCGCGAGCCCCUCCGUGAGGAGAAGAGCGGGCCGCCCCGCAGCCAUGCCCGCCGGCGUGCCUUGGCCCACCUACCUGAAGGCGCUGGCGGCCAGCAUGCUGGCCAUGUUCGCGGGCGCCGAGGUCGUGCACAGGUACUACAGGCCUGACCUUAGUAUACCUGAAAUACCUCCUAAGCCUGGAGAACUGAAAACAGAACUGUUGGGUCUAAAAGCAAGAUCAAGCAAAGUUCAGACUUCACAACAGUGACCAGAAUUUACUUACGGUGUGAAAACCAGAACUGAUAAAAUAUUUGUUCAGCUGUCCCAACUGCAGAAAUCCAUAUGUGAAAUACUGUACUCCCUCAAUAUUUUUGUUUCCUUUAAGCAGAGUUACAGGCAGCAUUAAAAAGAAACGUACGAUGAAUACUGUUGUUAAAAGUCCAACCCGUUGUGGGCCAAAAUGCUUGUGACUUCUUAAUCUUGGUUGCAGUGCAAGUAUCCUUCAGAAUAAAAGAUGUAAACUCA